AUGUCUCAACCCUACAUCCCACAACCCGAAGAGACGAACGAGAUUUGGACAGCAGUAGAUCACUACGUGAAAGAACAUCUCAUCACAGCCAAAGACUCGCCUUACCACGAAGCUCUAAACUUCGCCCUCGAGAACCAGAAGCAAGAAGGAUUACCAGACAUAGCAGUUUCCACCCUGCAAGGAAAAUUCCUGUCUCUGCAAUGCAUGAUUCUCGACGCGAAAAAUGUCUUGGAAGUCGGGACUCUGGGCGGCUACAGUGCCAUCUGGCUAGCAUCAGCAGGUCCCGAGGUCAAAGUGACGAGCGUGGAAGUCGAGGCCAAGAACAAAGCGACAGCAGAGAAAGCAAUAUCGCACGCGGGUUUGAGCGAGAGAGUUGAAAUUCUUCUCGGACCUGGGAUGGAAAUUCUUCCAAAGAUUCGGAAAGAGGUUGAAGCUGGGACUCGGCCUCUUUUCGACUUUGUGUUUAUUGAUGCUGACAAGCAGAAUAAUGUCAAUUAUCUGAACGAGGCUGUGCAGAUGUGUCGAUCGCGUGCGGUGAUUGUGGUUGAUAAUGUUGUUCGGAGGGGGAAUGUUGCUAGUGAGGAGGUGGCUAGAGUGGAUGAGAGAAUUGCUGGGUCGCGAAAGGUUAUUGAGGCUGCUGGCGCUCAUCCACGGCUUCGGAGUACUGUGGUUCAGACUGUGGGCGAGAAGAAUUAUGAUGGGUUCAUGCUUUGUGUUGUGAAGUAGUCAUUACAGCGGAAAUAUGGAGCGUCGAGUCUUUAGAAUCAGGCUGGCAAAUCUCGGG